GCAGCGCAAUGCGCUGCACCCUCGCAGGCCUCGGCUCCUGGAUAUCGCAUACAUAACAGCCGUGCAGGCAGCAGCCGAUCUGCCCAAGCACUCCCCGCCAACCGCGUCGUCUCAUGAAUAUGUCUCUGCGUGUGCCAAAUUCACUCAAGAGGGGACGGAAGAAGAAGACUGCGAACGCCGUCCAGGCUGCCACCAAUGCUAGCGCAGCACCACCCUCACCACGCACCGACACGCCCGACACCGCCGGCAUAACGCUGCUGCCGUAUACGAGCAGGGAGCAGAUGUUGCGCGCGGCGCUCAACGCGUCCAUCGCCGGCGGCAGCUUCGUCGACACCCGCCUCCACGCCUUCUCCCGGCGCUCGGGCGACACGGUCUCACGGCCCCAGCCCAUUUAUGCGAACAGCAUCGCGCUUCGCGGGACAUCCGCCAAGUUCGACCUGCUGCUGACGGGCGGCUUUUCCGAGAGCCGCGCGGUCGAUAUCUUCGACGACAGCCCGGACGUCAGUGCCGAGCAGGCGUCCGUCGCCGAGUACGGCUACGAGUCCGACAGCGACCUUGACGACGACGACGACAACAACGACGAUGCUCCGGCGAGCACGGGCGCGUCCAGGCCCGCCGCGCCCACGCAGACGCUCACGCCGCGCGCGUCGCCAACCCAGCGGGGGCGGCCCGUGUCAGGAUCCUCGGAAGCGACGUCCGACGACCACGGCGCGGUGCACCACAGGGGCCGCAGCGUGUUCGUCAAGGACGCCGCACACAAGACCCUGCAGGCCCUCGUCGCGUACCUGUACACCGGCGAGAUCGACUUCGCGCCGCUCCGGUCGGCCAACGCGCGUCCAGCCGCCCAACACCCCUCCGCAUACGAGUCGCCGCUCUGCUCGCCCAAGUCGAUCUACCGGCUCGCUGACAGGUACGGCCUCGACGACCUGAAGAAGCGUGCGCUCGAGAACCUCGGGGCACAGCUUACCGCGGACAACAUCCUGCCCGAGCUCUUCUCGAGGUUCACAUCGCGCUACGAAGAGGUGCAGCAGCUCGAAGUGGAGCUCCUCAGCGAGUAUCCGCUUGAAGGCGACUUGAAGGCGGGAUUGCACGAGUGGGUCGCGAGACUCGCGCGCGGCGAGCUGCAGCACGGCGGUGCGGCUUUGCUAGCGCUUAUGGACAAAUACGCUGCUGAGAAGUUCAAGAACUCGCCACGCUGUGCGCUCGGCCAUACGUCCCAUGAGAGACAGGAGACGGCCUGCCGGGAGUGCCACAACCAUAUCUAUGAAUGCAUCGCUGGUACUGAUGGAUGAGUCUGCAGCAUUUGCUUUAUGGAUACUAUUGAAGUAAUGUAUCAUACCCGUGUACAUCACCUGCCGCUUGUGUACUGUUCACUUGAUACCCUUUCUACCUGA